AUGGCAGUUCCUGGGAAUGUCAGGACAUUUACCAGGGUAAACCCCAUCUGGGCUGCUUGGUUUGGCCCAGUCCACUGCAGCAGGGACAGCCGGAGCCUCGUCUGGGAGCCUGGGCCUGGCCCCCACUGCAGCAGGGACAGCCGGAGCCUCGUCCGGGAGCCUGGGCCUGGCCCCCACUGCAGCAGGGACAGCCGGAGCCUCGUCCGGGAGCCUGGGCCCGGCCCCCACUGCGGCAGGGACAGCCGGAGCCUCGUCUGGGAGCCUGGGCCCGGCCCCACUGCGGCAGGGACAGCGGAGCCUCGUCCGGGAGCCUGGGUCUGGCCCCCACUGCAGCAGGGACAGCCGGAGCCUGGUCCGGGAGCCUGGCCCGGCCCCCACUGCAGCAGGGACAGCCGGAGCCUCGUCCGGGAGCCUGGGCCUGGCCCCCACUGCAGCAGGGACAGCCGGAGCCUCGUCCGGGAGCCUGGGCCCGGCCCCACUGCGGCAGGGACAGCCGGAGCCUCGUCUGGGAGCCUGGGCCCGGCCCCACUGCGGCAGGGACAGCCGGAGCCUCGUCUGGGAGCCUGGGCCCGGCCCCACUGCGGCAGGGACAGCCGGAGCCUCGUCCGGGAGCCUGGGCCCGGCCCCCCCCACUGCGGCAGGGACAGCCGGAGCCUCGUCUGGGAGCCUGGGCCCGGCCCCACUGCGGCAGGGACAGCCGGAGCCUCGUCGGGAGCCUGGGCCCGGCCCCACUGCGGCAGGGACAGCCGGAGCCUCGUCCGGGAGCCUGGGCCCGGCCCCCACUGCGGCAGGGACAGCUGGAGCCUCGUCCGGGAGCCUGGGCCCGGCCCCCACUGCGGCAGGGACAGCCUGGGCCCGGCCCCCACUGCAGCAGGGACAGCCUGGGCCCGGCCCCCACUGCGGCAGGGACAGCCGGAGCCUCGUCUGGGAGCCUGGGCCCGGCCCCCACUGCGGCAGGGACAGCCGGAGCCUCGUCCGGGAGCCUGGGCCCGGCCCCCACUGCGGCAGGGACAGCCGGAGCCUCGUCCGGGAGCCUGGGCCCGGCCCCCCCCACUGCGGCAGGGACAGCCGGAGCCUCGUCUGGGAGCCUGGGCCCGGCCCCCACUGCGGCAGGGACAGCCGGAGCCUCGUCUGGAGCCUGGGCCCGGCCCCCACUGCGGCAGGGACAGCCGGAGCCUCGUCCGGGAGCCUGGGCCCGGCCCCCACUGCGGCAGGGACAGCCGGAGCCUCGUCCGGGAGCCUGGGCCCAGCCCCCACUGCGGCAGGGACAGCCUGGGCCCGGCCCCCACUGCAGCAGGGACAGCCGGAGCCUCGUCCGGGAGCCUGGGCCCGACCCCCACUGCGGCAGGGACAGCCGGAGCCUCGUCCGGGAGCCUGGGCCCGACCCCCACUGCGGCAGGGACAGCCGGAGCCUCGUCCGGGAGCCUGGGCCCGGCCCCCACUGCAGGAGGGACAGCCGGAGCCUCGUCCGGGAGCCUGGGCCCGGCCCCCACUGCGGCAGGGACAGCCUGGGCCCGGCCCCCACUGCAGCAGGGACAGCCGGAGCCUCGUCUGGGAGCCUGGGCCCGGCCCACUGAGGCAGGGACAGCCAGAGCCUCGUCCGGGAGCCUGGGCCCGGCCCCACUGCAGGAGGGACAGCCGGAGCCUCGUCCGGGAGCCUGGGCCCGGCCCCACUGCGGCAAGGACAGCCGGAGCCUCGUCCGGGAGCCUGGGCCCGGCCCACUGAGGCAGGGACAGCUGGAGCCUCGUCCGGGAGCCUGGGCCCGGCCCCACUGCGGCAGGGACAGCCUGGGCCCGGCCCCCACUGCAGGAGGGACAGCCAGAGCCUCGUCCGGGAGCCUGGGCCCGACCCCCACUGCGGCAGGGACAGCCGGAGCCUGGGCCCGGCCUGAGCUCAUGAGCAAAUGUUGUUCGGAGGAGCCUCUUGUCUGA